UCUUUGCCAGGUCGGAUUUACUUUCAGAGAAGGAGAGAAGAAGAAGACGCGAAGAGGACGAGGAUCGAAAUUCAGCUGUUUCCCCCUCCCCUUCCUCUUGCUUCGCCAUCAAGGAAGGAAAGAAGGGGGGAAACAGAAGCGCGAGAGAGCGAGACGACGGCGACGGCGACGGCGACGGCGACGGCGAUCCGUGGACUCUGCAACAGCGUCCGUCGUCAAUCUCAGCUUUCAGGCUGUAUUGGUAAUUGGCUCGAUUGAUGUCGAGAACCUUGAGGAGAAGGCUCCAUCACGGAGAUGUAGGUGGGAGAAGGGAUGAGCAUCUGGAGAGUUCGGGGUUGGACGGCUUAGACGAGCCUUUGUUGGGGAACUAUGAACACGAUGAUAAGCGUUCUGAGGGACAAGUACUGGAAGAUCUCUGGGAUGACGAGAGAACAAAGGAGCGCCUCCAUUGGACGACGUUAUUUAGCCAGUUGAUUGCACAGUGGAUGCAAUGGCUUGCUAACAUAGUCCUUGGAUCUGGAUCGCUGAUUGGACGAUUUCUUCCUCUUUCUUCUAUCACUCAGAAUGGACAAAGCAAGAACAUGCAACCAACUCUUAGUCCAUUGCAGGAAGAAAGACUUAGAAAUCUCCAGCAGAGAUUGGGAGUCCCAUUUGAUGGUUCUCGACUGGAGCAUCAAGAUGCUCUUAGGCAGCUCUGGAAGUUGGCUUAUCCUGAGAGAGAACUCCCUUCGCUAAAAUCAGAAUUGUGGAAGGAUAUGGGUUGGCAAGGUACUGAUCCUUCGACGGAUUUCAGGGGUGGAGGAUAUAUAUCACUGGAGAAUCUCAUCUUUUUCGCGAAGAAGUAUCCGGAAUCAUUUCAGAGAUUGUUGCACAAACAAGACGGUACUAGGGCUGAGUGGGAAUACCCAUUUGCUGUCGCUGGCAUCAACUUAUCCUUUAUGUUGGCUCAGAUGUUGGAUCUUCAGUCAGGAAAGCCAUCCUCUUUGGCUGGCAUCAGGUUCUUAGAACUGCUUCAAGAAGAUGAAAUGGCUUUUGAUAAUCUUUAUUGCAUAGCCUUUCAAAUGAUGGAUGCCCAAUGGCUAGCAAAGCGUGCGUCAUACAUGGAAUUUAAUGAUGUCUUGAAAUCAACAAGAACGCAGCUGGAGCGUGAGCUCUCUCUUGAAGAUGUUUCUAGCAUUAGGGACUUACCUGCAUACAAUCUGCUAAAGUUGUAACUGGUAACUCUGAGAUAUAUAUAGUAUUGAAUUAUCCCAUCUCA